AUGAGUGCUAUUGGGUGGGAAAUCGAAGAUUUAAAGGGUAUUAGUCCUACAGUUUGCAUGCACAAGAUACUGAUGGAAGAUGAUCUUAAGCCAGUUGUCCAACGACAAAGGAGAGUUAAUCCAACCAUGAAAGAAGUGGUUCGUAAAGAAUUUUUGAAGUUGUUAGAUGCGGGUCUUAUUUACCCUAUAUCUGAUAGCUCAUGGGUGAGUCCCAUACAUGUGGUACUUAAGAAAGGGGGAAUAACUGUCAUCAUAAAUGAAAAAAAUGAGUUAAUUCCCACAAGAACUGACAUUGGCUGGAGAGUGUGCAUAGAUUACAGAAGGUUGGACAUUGAAACGAGAAAAUACCACUUUCCUCACUCAUUUAUUGAUCAAAUGUUGGAAAGGUUGGUUGGUCUUGACUACUAUUUUUUCCUGGAUGGAUAUUCGGGAUAUAAUCAGAUCGCAGUAGCUCCUGAUGAUCAAUAA